AAUUGGGCAACUAUUAUUCAGUUUUCACAUCCGUUUCUCUUUAAGUGCCUUGAAAGGUGACUAAGUUCGCUGUGGGCACUUUUUUCAGAACAAUUGUGAUUCCGCUCUUGUAACUUCUUCCGGUUUUGAAAAGAUAGGCGCGGAGAACAGUGAGAAAAAUGUUCGUUUCGUGGAUUCUCAGUAUCACGGUUGCAAGUUGUGUAUUGUGCACCAGCCAUCACCGUCAGUGUGGUGAAAAGGAGUAUGAACAUCUGGACAUCUGCUGCCCAAUGUGUAAACCUGGUCAGCGAGUAAAUGGACAUUGUACAUCGACCAGUGGCACAGAAUGCCAUCAAUGUGCUGACAAAACCUAUCAAGAUCGUUUCAAUGGAGAUGACGAUUGUAAGACAUGCAGGUCUUGUGCAGAAGGGACGUUUCCAGUCAAACCAUGUACGGUUAAAUAUAACACGGUUUGUGACUGCUUGGAAGGUUUCCACUGCGAUAACAUUACUGUUGAUGGCUGUGAGAAGUGUACAAAACACAGCGCCUGUCCACCAGGGGAGGAGGUGGUGAGCAAAGGAGCUUACAGGAAAGACACAGAAUGCCGCCGUCAAGAAACUGGGAGUAUUUCACCUGAAGAAGGGACAGGAGAAUGUGUGCCUGGACAGACUGGGGACAUAUCUGGAUGCGUUUCUGACAUCUAUGUUAUAGUCCUUUCUGUGCUGUUAUGCGUUUUAGUUGGGAUACUUUUGUUCUUGCACUGGAAAUCCUUGACCACUCCCUUCUGCUCAGCUAUCGCAUGGUGUUUAGAGCAGAAGACUAAGGAAAAGGAAGCAGUUAUCCAGCGACCUGUGCAAGAGGAGGGCCACCAAACAUUUUUGCGGGUUUCAUUAGAAGAGAAGUCAAUGGAUAGUUUCUCAACUCAUACCAAGCCAAUCCAUGACUUUGCCCCAGUAAAAAUGAAAGAUGUGGGUACAUCUGAGUCACAAUAUUCCGAUUUUGGAGUGGCGAUUUCGACAAACAGCUCCGUGGAAAAGUUUCAAGAUGCUAAAGAUCUGCAGUGAAGGAGAACCUUCCUCUUUACUUCUUCCAGGAUGAAUUGUUGCUAGCAGCAAGAUUUUGAAGUCCCAGAAAACAAUUUUUUGAUUACAAGAUGAGAUUUAAUUUUCUGGUUGCCUCUUUAGUGAACCCAAGGUGUAAGAUUUUGGGAGUAGAUAAGGAUACAAAUAUCCUCAAGUGAGAACAGUCAAUUAAUCUACACUUUCCUGUCACUUGAUAUCCCAAGAUGAGUGCUUCCUAGAUACAGAUGGUUCAGUUACAAGUUUUUACUGGGGGGGGGAGGAGAAGAGAAUAAAGAAAUUUAGGGGGUCUGGAACAACCUUCCUGUCUCCCAAAAUAUUCUUGUAACAGCUUUAAAACACAAACCACAUUCCCAUUGGUUCCAAGCAUUACCAUAUUUUACUUU